AUGUCGCAGUCUAUCUGGACCGAAGAAGAGAUUCGAUACUUCCGAGCGUUGCUUACGUGGGUAGCAAGCGAUGAGGAAGAUGAUAGUGGUUACGAUAAAUUGCCUCCCCUGGAGAGGCACGCUGGGGAGUUUAUGUUCCUUAUUUUAGGAGACAAGGGUUGUGGGAAGACGUCGCUUCUAGAAAGGGUAAUCAUAUCUAGACGAUUAAGCCUUCUGUCUUCUAACGAUGCGCAGUUCUGCUCCGGUACAUUCGCCGAAGAGGAGGAUCGGUUACCCGAACUUAACGAGCAAGAACGAGGCUAUCGUCAUAUCAUAAGAAUUGAGGACCAAACUUAUGUCGUUAAUGCCUUAGAACUUUUAUCCCGGCAUCUGUCCAGCGAGGAGCAGCUUACACAAGCAGUGCAAAUUACGGAAGCUGUUGUCCUCGUAUACGACGUCAAGUCGAGAACGUCCUUCACUCUCCUCCAGGACGUCUACAACCAUAUUCGCGAUAUGAUCGGGCAGACGCGCACGUACGGCCUCAUGCUCGUAGGUACCAACUCCGAUUGCGAGGACGAACAGCGAGAGGUAUCCUGGGCCGAGGGCCGCAAGCUCGCGGCAAGCUUCGGGCUUGGAUGCGCGUUCCUCGAGACCUCGGCCAAAUCAGGUGAUAAUAUCGACAGGGUUUUCCCACAACUAGGGAGGGAGGUCCUCAAGUUAAGGUGUCUUAGCCAUCAGCGGAGAGAAGAGGCCGAAAGGCUCUCUAUUGAUGCGAAGCAGCGCUCCAUUGAUAUCUCUUCUACGAAAGGGAUAAUGAGAUGGAGAUCAUGGACUCGACCUUGGUUUCAAGGAAGAACAGGAGAUCGUAAGGUGUCAGCUCCCUGCUAA